AUGCCGCUACUGAAUUCCUUCGUGAUUUGGAACAACAAAGGAGGGGUCGGUAAAACCACGCUAACAUUUCACAUGUCUACAGAGUACGCAAUACGCCAUCCCAAGCAAAAAAUUUUGGUUAUAGAUCUUUGCCCGCAAGCGAACGUGUCAAUGGCGUUGUUGGCAUUAUUUGGAACAAAGGAGCUUACAAGAGUCCCAGCAGAAAAAUCUAUCAGCUCUUACCUACACCAGGUAACAAAUUUGAAACCUCUGUCAGUUACAAAUCCUGGAGAUUUCCUGAUAAGAGUACGUGAUUUCAACCGCAGUAUACCGUCAAAUGUUUUUCUGCUCGGAGGCGACGCCGUAAAUCUUGAAUUGAUGGCUCCUUCUCUGGAGCAGAAAAGACAGAAGGAGAUCUCAAAAGAGUCGAUAUUUUGCUACAAUCCCUGGGUAUACAUCACGUCUUGUGUACGUUAUUUCAUCGAGGGUUUUGAAAAUAUGAAAGGGGUAGCGACAGAUCCUCACAGUGAUUGGGUUGUGUUUAUCGACACUAACCCUUCGUUCUCCAUUUUCACUGAAAUGGCCAUUGUCGCAGCGCAGCGGUUAAUUAUUCCAACCAACGCGGAUGACUUUUCACGAGAAGCUAUCAAAGCUACCCUCUCCUUAGUCUACGGAUACACCUCAGAUGAAAAACCAGGGAAGUUUUCUGAUGAAACAGUAACCUUCAGCGAUAAAGCUGCAAUGUUCAAUGUCCGCCUACCAAAGAUCUGUUUGAUCAUUCAGAAUCGAUUCACACGGUAUAAUGGACCAGCCAAAGCAUAUUCCUUAAUGGCCGAAAGUAUUUCAGAAGUUGUUUUUUCUGUUUACAAAAGUCAUAAACACUUGUUUGAGAAGAAAGGUCUCCCUGAAGAUGUAGAAAAAGAAUACUGUGCGGUCCUUUGGGAUUUCCACACGGUUGGAGUAGUGGCUCUUCACAACGGCCGUCCACUUGAAGAUUUUGCCUGCAUGGAAAUAACAGUCUUCGACCAAGUAGUUUCAUUAAAACGGAGCCAAAUAGACAAAUACAAAGAGUGCUUACAAAAGCUUGUUACUAGACUGUGUCCACAGACAUGUUAUUGUAAACCAGCACCAGUUAAACUCAACUGUAACAAGCAGUGGUCUCUUCCAAUGCGCACAUAUCCACCACCUUGCCUCCAGGUCCCUCCACCUCCGUAUCCACCUCCUCAGUAUCAAGCUAAUAGUAGGAUGCCCAUGGGAGCCCCACCUCCUCCUCCUUCAUUAUGGGGACCUUCACCAACUCCUAUUCUCGUCCCACUCGUUCACACAAUUUUAUUUCAACCAACUUAUAAUAACGGCAUGGGCGGAUUUUAG